GGCCACGCCCGCGACGGGAAGCGCACGGGCGGCGGCGAUGGAGGAUGGUAGGAGUUCGGGCCCGCGCAUUUGUGAGGGUGAUUGCGCCGUCCUGAAGCGGGACGACGUCUUCAAAGCGGUACCCGUGCUGAGGAGGAGGCCAACUGGCAUAGCAAGAAGCGCCUGCACCCCAGCAGGAAAUACUAUAAUCAGUGGACACAGCCUGGGCUCUUCCCCUUGCAGCAGACAAUUUUAUAGACCAAUGUGUAGAAGUCAGUAUUGGGUAAUGUGGCCAGACAUCUGAUUCAGUAGCAUGGAGAUUUAAAGAAAAAUUAUUUUUGAGAAGCAGUGGUUCUAUCUGGAUAAUGCCAUCGGACAUAUUUAUGGAAGUACAUUUGAAGUAACCAGUGGUGGAAACCUCCAGCCAAAGCAAGAGGUGGAAGAGACUACCACAGGAAAUAGUUCAACAGUUAAUAGAGAACAGUACAACAUUCAGAGACAAAACAGAAUUUGCUCAAGAUAAAUACAUAAAGAAGAAGAAAAAAAAAUAUGAGGCAGUUAUUACAAUUGUGAAACCAUCCACUCGCAUUCUUUCAACAAUGUAUUAUGCAAGGGAACCUGGAAAAAUUAACCACUUGCGAUAUGACACCCUAGCUCAGAUGUUGACUUUAGGAAACAUCCGUGCUGGCAACAAGAUGAUUGUAAUGGAAACGUGUGCAGGCCUUGUGCUGGGUGCGGUGAUGGAGCGAAUGGGAGGCUAUGGAUCCAUUAUUCAGAUGUAUCCAGGAGGAGGACCUGUUAGAGCUGCUACCAGUUGUUUUGGAUUUCCAAAACUUUUUUUCGAUAAUCUUCAUGAAUUUCCUCUCAGCAAAGUGGAUAGUCUCCUCUCUGGAACAUUUUCUACAGAGACUCUGCCUUCAGAACCUGAAGAUAAUGCGCUACUGGAAGAAGAAAGCAACGGAUUGACUGAUGAGAAGCAGACUUCCCUACAGGAAGCAGAAGAGGAAUCUGCUACUGAAGCAGCUAUGGAGAUAAGCCAAACAGAAGAGCAAGAAACAAUGGACAUUAAUGCUGAAGAUGUAGAAUUUAAAGAGAACAAAGAAAAAGAAAAUAAAGAAAAUGUUCGGCAAAAGCAAAGAAAACAAUGGGAGAGAAGGAAAAAGCUAAUAGAAACUGCUGCUUUGUUGAGAGAGAAGAAUGCUGAUGGCUUAAUUGUAGCCAGCAAGUUUCAUCCCACUCCUUUACUGCUUUCUUUAUUGGAAUUUGUUGCUCCUUCAAGGCCUUUUGUUGUCUACUGCCAGUAUAAAGAGCCAUUAUUAGAAUGUUACACAAAGCUGAGGGAAAGAGGCGGUGUUAUUAACCUAAAGCUGUCUGAAACCUGGCUACGAAACUACCAGGUCUUACCAGAUCGAAGCCAUCCAAAACUGACAAUGAGCGGAGGUGGAGGGUACCUUCUGUCUGGUACCACUGUUGUCUUGGAUAAGGGCAAAUCAGAUUCUAGUAGUUUAGAAGCACUGAAGAUGGAAGAGCCAUCAUCUAAAAGAUGCAAAGUUCAAGACCUUCAUUGUUAAUAUUUGAAGUAUUGAUUUGUUUUUUUAGAUCUCAGGAGUCUUACUGUUAGUAAAAUAACAGGUAUACUUUCUGUGCUCUUGACAGCACAGAAAUUGUACCUGUCAUACAUCUGUCAGCAAAAAGCAUCAGAACUGUGUGGUAGGGAGGAUUGUCUUGCUCUUUACCAGUUUACACGAUCAGAACGAGAAGCAAGUGUCCCUUGGAAGCAAAUGUCACACUGAAAACACAGUAACUUCAAAAAGAAGAGAAGAUCAAGAGAAGAUAGAACAUCAGUGAAGGCAUUCUGUUUGUUUGUUGCCAAAAGUGGAUAUGACAAAGUAGUUUUUUAAAAGGUUGAGUCCGAAUCAACACAUCUUACUUAGCUCCCCAUUUUCCCAGGACAGCAUCAGGGUAAAACAUUCUGUGUAGUGAUCUGCUCCCCCUUUGGACACAGAACCCAGGUGCGUUCAGUAGUUUAAGGAAGUAGAAUGAACAGCAAGUCAUACACUUUUCUUUCCAAAGGAACAAUAAAAAGAGAAUAAGACCAGAACUAUACAGCAUGACCUCAUGUUUUCCUGAAAUAAAUACAGAAGAGAAAGUGCAUGUUCAUAAAUUAAAAUACCAAAUAUUUAAACAGAAUGUCUUUAUUAGUAUUGCCUGUCAUUUUCCUGGGAGUUGUUGUAUGUUUUUAUUUUAAGAUAUGGCUAUUUUGAAAACUGCUAUAUGUAUAUAUAUUUAUUCUACUGUUUUAUCUUUAAUGAUGUGUAGCUUUUUUAUUAAUUUUUUUUAACUUUGCAUCUGCCAUUUCAAUUAAACUGCAGGAUGUUUUUCCUAA